AUGGCCCUUCAGAGUGCGGCAGAUGUGCCGCUUCUCAUCACGUCCCCGAACUCAUCCUCGGAACGCCGUAUUUCUCCGUCGUGGUCCAUUGCCCAGCUAAAGGCACGACUCGAGCCCAUUACCGGUGUCCCCGCAAGCUGCCAACAGCUAUCAUUACGCGUUGGAUCCCAAGAUGCCGUCGCCAUCUCCGCUGUAGAUGAAAAGCAGACGCGCCUUGCUGCGUUUCCGCUGCAGCCGUAUGCGGAGAUGACCGUUGUUGACACGCGUCCCUCCGCUGCACGAACGGACUUUACUGAUCUGUCAUCCGUCACAAAGUAUGAGAUGCCCGCCGCCGAGUACGAGCAUCGGUCCGAUAGCGUUCUCGCUUGGAAGAAAGCACAGAAGCUUGGCCGGUUCGACCCAGAUGCCCCUAGCAUCGAGCAGCAGAAGAUCCGCGCCUCUGAGCGUGAAGUAGAAGAACGAGCGAAUUGCCCCUUCCAGCAUGCUGCAGCUGAUCCUUGGCACCCGUGGAUCCAGACCUCCAUGGCCAGUACAAUGGCGUCUGACGUUUCGUCUCAAAUCGGUCUACCGUAUUUAAAACAAAUAGACAACUUCGUACUGAUGGCAGCGGGUGGCGCGGCCCGCCUGACCAGUAGCUCGAGGCUUCUAUGGUGCGAGCCAUCCGCCUGUCUAGCGCUCCACGGGCGCGUCCGCCUGUUGCCCGAAACUGACGCACGUCGCGGCACGAUAUCCUACAUCGGUCUCGUCCCAGAGAUUCCCGGAAUUGGUGUCUGGAUCGGCGUCACCUUGGAUGAACCGACAGGCAAGAAUGACGGCUCAAUCAAGGGUAAGCGAUACUUUGAGUGUGGGAAGAACUGCGGUGCCUUUGUGCGACCUGAGCGAUGCGAGGCUGGUGACUUCCCUCCCCUGGAUAUGGGCGAUGAGGAUCUGGAGGAACUGUAG